UAUUCCUUCUCUUUUCUCUUUCGCUCCGGUCCAGCCAUUUUCCCCUUUUCCUCUGUUUGCUCUCCUACCAGUGGAGAUUUUGACCUCCGGCCACCAUCCCUUGUCAUCGCCACAAUCACUCGAACCAGUUCCCAAAUCCGAGCAGAGCCUAACCAAGAUCAUCACCAUACACCACCGUUAGUUCCACUUGCGAUCAACACAGCUCCACCGCCGUGUUUUCUAGCCAAAGCUUCCUCCGGUCAUCUCUGCAACACACAGCCAUCACCGCUCAGUUCAGCUGGCAGUGAGUACUUCAUCCCAUCUAUCAUCGUCGCCGAUCGAUGAUGAACAACACUGCAGAAGCAUCGUCGGAGCCGUGGCCCCAACUGAUUCACAUACCUUCGAUCUCCGGCUUCCAGCUUGAAACCAACUCAACGACCUCCCUAAUCGGAAUCAGGGCAUCACCGACCAUGAGGACCCUCUGGUUUCAAUCUCCGGUUACACCAGAGAUGCUGCACGCGCUUGACACACCGCUGAGGACCUCGCCGGCAUCGUCAAACGGUUCCAGUAAGUUGACCCGAAGCUUCCUUUGGUGAGUUGGUUGAAUUCCAUGGAGAUUAUUAACGUUGGGUCCUUUGGAUCAGUUGGGAUAAACAUUGAAAUUUGGUGAGAUUGAGUUUGGUUAACAUUGAAAUCAUUUCGGGUUCCUGGUUGUGUUUGUUACUCGUAAAAGUGAGGGGAGAUGCUUUUGACGUUUCUGGGUUUUUGUAUGAUUGGAUGUGGUAUGUAAAUGUUGCAGGGAUGAGCACUCGUAGUUGAAGGCUGAGUUAGAGAGGAAGAUUGAAGCUUGGAGUUGGUUAUGAGUGAGAAUAAUGAAAUACGAGCACAGCUAGAGGAAAUGUCUGUUAGAGAUGAAUUAAGUUGAUGAUUGACAAUUGGAUGUUGGAAACGUUUGGAUUAUGAAGAGGAAGGGCAACUUCUGGUCAUUGUUGCGAGUUGAGUUUUUAGGGAAUGGUGUAGAGCAUAAGACUACAAGAGGUAGCAUGUCAUAGAGAUUUUGGUCAAGGACGUUAAGCCGAGGCAACCAAAGAAAGGAUUUGGAAAGGACUCGAACGGGUGCGCUUGGAAUUGGACAGAAUGUUAUCAAAGCUGUGCAGGUGUUUGACGGUUUGAUUUGGCGGACGAAUUAUGAUUCUUAUUCGAAUUAUAAGAAGACGCAGCAGGAUUAGAGGUUUUAUGCAAAAGAGCAUUUGUAUUGUUCUUUUGCCACUGUUCCUGAUUCUGAUAUUGGGUGUUUGUUCGUUGUCCUAUUGUAAUUCAGGUGUGUGACUUCUGAUAUUAGGGAUAGUGUGCUAUUCAAAUUUGGAAGUACUGUGGAUUCAGUGUUUGAUCCUCAAAUUGCUGAAGCAUCAAAUGUAUGUGAGAAUGUCACUGGAAUUGAACAUUCUGACAAACAAUGGAGAGCUAACGACCAAAAUGUUGGUGCAACUCUAAAUGAAGAUCCAUUUAUGGGUCUAGAAGUUAUGCCGGUAGAGACUGCUUAAGGGGAAAUUCAAGAAAUCUGUGAUGCUCAGGAUUCUAGCAUAACCGCAGCUGAAUCUGAAAGUAUAUUUUCCGGUUUGGACGAAGGUCAUCAGAUUAGAUCAGAAAGGUGGAGAAAAGCUUUUGGACCAGCAGCGUCAAAAGAGAGCCAAACUUUGUCCAAUUCCGAAUCUACAAAUGAUCAUUCGCUAUUUCUGCAAACGGAUGAUACCAGAGGUGAAUGCUCACAUUCAUUUGGCCAGGCCUUAUAUCAAAAAAGAAAACAAGGAUCUGCUGUGACAUAUGAAGACUCAGGUGAUAACAUUUAUACAUGUGAUUAUUGUCAUGCAAAUUUCUGGCCUGGAGAAGCUCUUAAAAAAUCAUCUUUAAAUGCACCACUUAUUUAUACGAAUUGUUGCAAAAAAGGUCAAAUCAAACUUGAGCAACCAAAACCAACACCAACCUAUCUUGAAAAUUUAUUAGAUCCAAAUAAUGGCUCAGAAAGCAGGAUUUUCAGAGAAAAUAUCAGAGUUUAUAAUUCAAUGUUUUCUUUUACUUCAAUGGGAGCAACAAUUGAUUGCAAAAUAAAUACUGGAUCAGACCCUUAUGUUUUUAAGAUUAGUGGUCAAGUGCAUCAUUUGAUGGGCUCUAUACUACCUUCUGAUGGAGAAUCUCCUAAAUAUGCUCAGUUAUAUGUAUAUGAUACAAAAAAUGAUGUAUCAAAUCAUAUUAAUGCAAUUGAUCCUACUCAUGUUAAUGAAAAUAUCAAACCAAAUAUUGUAGAAAGACUUAUUGAAAUGUUCAAUGAAACUAAUGAAUUAGUCAAAGAAUUUCGCACAAUGAAAGAUAAAUUAGAAAGUCAUCAUAUACCUACAGUGAAUAUGACUAUGCUUGAUCGUCAACCUAAUGAUAGUAAACAAUAUGAAAUACCGACAACUGAUGAAAUUGGUGGUUUAAUUGUUGGUGAUAUUGGAGAGCAUAAUUCAAAUAAAGAUAUAAUUAUUGAGUCCAAUAAUGGAUGUUUACAACGGAUUUCUAAAAUACAUCCAAAAUAUAUGUCAUUGCAAUAUCCAAUACUUUUUCCAUAUGGUGAAGAUGGAUAUAAACCAGAUUUGCCGAUGCAACAAAUUACAAGCAUAUAUUACAUAUCAAAUUCAAGACAGAAAUAAUGAAUUCAGUACUUUAUUAAAAGGUGGAAGAUUAUUUCAACAAUUUUUGGUUGAUUCUUAUGCAACAGUCGAAGAAGAUCGUUUAGAUUGGAUUAGAAAAAAAUCAAAAGAAUUUACGUAGUAAAAUUUACAACAAUAUUUAUACUGCAUCUGCAGCUGGAAUUAAUAAAGCUUCUGAUUUAGGACAAAAAAUUAUUUUACCAAGUUCUCAUACUGGAAGUCCUAGAAAUAUGAUUAACAAUUAUCAAGACGCUAUGACAAUAUGUAGACAAUACGGUAAUCCUGAUUUGUUUAUAACUUUUACUUGCAAUGUUAAAUGGAUAGAAUUUCAAAGAUAUUUUCAAACCAAACCCAAAUAUAAAGUCGAAGAUAGGCUUGAUAUAAUUUCAAUAAUUUUUAAAAUAAAAUUACAAGAUAUGAUUGCUUAUAUUAAAUCUGGAGAACCUUUUGGAGAAAUCGAAGCAGAUGUUCAUACAAUAGAGUUCCAAAAAAGAGGACUUCCACAUGCUCAUAUGUUGUUUUGGUUAAAAAAACCUUACAAAUGUUAUACAGCAGCUGAUAUUGAUUCUAUUAUUUCAGCAGAAUUACCAGAUAAAAAUGCUAAUCCAGAACUUUUUGAAAUUGUUAGUCAAUUUAUGAUUCAUGGACCUUGCGGUCAUUUAAAUUUAAAAUCUCCUUGAAUGCGAGAUGGAAAGUGUUCAAAAUUUUUUUCAAAAUCUUACAAUACAAAUACCAUAUUCGAAACAAAUACUCCUCCAAUAUAUAGACGUCGUGAUGAUGAUACAAAAUUUGUAGAAAAAAAUGGCGUUCAUAUAGGAAAUAAUUUCGUUGUGCCUUAUAAUUCAGAUUUAUUAUUAAGAUAUAAUGCUCAUAUUAAUGUUGAAUCAUGUUCUCAAUCUAUGUUAAUUAAAUAUUUAUUUAAAUAUAUUAAUAAAGGUCCAGAUCGAGCUCGAAUUUUGUUACAUGGAAAUCUAAAUGAUGAAAUUACUACUUAUCUUAAUUGUCGUUAUUUAACUCCUCACGAAUCUGUAUGGAGAUUGUUUGAAUAUCCAAUUCAUUCCUGACUUCCUGCUGUUCAGCAUUUAGAUAUUCAUAUGCCUUUAGAACAAAAUAUUAUUUUUAAUGAAUAUGAAUCAACUGAAUCAAUAAUAAAACGUAAAAGUAUAGAAGAUACAACGCUAACCUGAUGGUUUAAAGCAAAUACAACUUAUCCAGGAGCAUCUGAAUUAACGUAUACAGAAUUUCCAAAUAAGUUUGUAUGGGAUAAUCGUAACAAAUGUUGGAUACCAAGAAAAAAAUGUCAAACUAUUGGUCGAAUAGCACAUGUACCUCCCACAUUAGGAGAAUUAUAUUAUAUGAGAAUGUUAUUAAAUAUUAAAAAAGGUUGUCACAGUUUUGAUUCAAUAAAGACAAUUAAUGGUAGUACAUAUUCUUCUUAUCAAGAAGCUUGCCGAGUUUUGGGUUUAUUAGGUGAUGAUAAAGAGUGGAUUGAAGCAUUAGAAAAUUCUUUACACGCUGCAACAACUUCUGAAAUCCGUCAACUAUUUGUUACAAUUGUCUUAUUUUGUGAUGUGGCAAAUCCUGAAACCUUAUUAGAUUCAUAUUGGGUAAAUAUGUGUGAUGAUUUAUUGCACAAAGCGAGAAUAGAAAUUGGAAAUCCAAAUUUAAUCUUACCUGAAUCAGAAUUAAAAAAUAAAUUAUUAUUUGAAUUAGAACAAAUAUUUAAUCGAUCAUCAAGUUCAUUAAAAGAUCAUCAACUACCAUUGCCUGAUACAAGCAAAAUAUUUGAGUUAAAUAAUAGACUUUUAAGAGAAGAAUUAGAUUACGAUUGCCUUGAAUUAAAACGUCAACAUCAAAAUUUAGUAGCUCAGCUAAACACAUGCCAAAGAAUUAUAUAUGAUGAGGUUAUUAAAGCAAUCGAAGACAAAACAUGUAAUACCUUUUUUGUUCAUGGCUAUGGAGGAACUGGCAAAACAUUUUUAUGGCAUACAAUAAUAAAUAAAUUAAGAUUUGAAGGAAAAAUAAUUUUAGCAGUUGCCUCAUCUGGAAUUGCUUCGUUAUUAUUACCAAACGGAAGAACUGCUCAUUCUCGGUUUAAAAUACCUUUAGUAGUGAAUAAUUUAUCAAUAUGUCCGAUAAAAAAAGGCACUCAUCUUGCAAAAUUAAUUGAUAAAACAGAGUUAAUUAUUUGGGAUGAAGCUCCAAUGUGUAAUAAAUAUUGUUUCGAAGCAUUAGAUAAAUCUUUACGUGACAUUCUAUCAGAUCCAAAUAAUAUGCAGAUUGACAAACCAUUUGGCGGUAAACCUAUAUUAUUGGGUGGGGAUUUUAGAAAAAUUCUACCAGUUAUUACAGGAGGAACUAAAGAACAAAUAAUUGAAGCUUCGUUAAAUAGUUCAUACCUUUGGUCAUCAUUCAAAAUAUUUCAUUUAAUAGAAAAUAUGAGAUUAUCGAAAAAAAAUUUAACUGAUGAGGAGAAAAUAAAUAUUUCAACUUUUGCAAAUUGGUUAUUGGAAAUUGGAGAAGGUCACAUAUGUUCAAUUAAUGAUGAAAAUGAUAAAGAUGCAUCUUGGGUUGAAAUUCCAAAUGAUAUAAAUCCAAUAGAAGCAAUUUUUCUUGCAACUUAUCCAAAUUUUAACAUCAAUUACAAUAACUUUAAUUAUCUAAGGGAACGUGCAAUUGUUACACCACGAAAUAGUACAGUUCGAGAUAUAAAUGAUUAUGCUAUAAAUCUAUUACCAGGUGACAAAACAACCUAUUUAAGUGCUGACAAUAUCUUAUUAAAUUCAGGGAAUAAUGAAAAUAUCAAUCUUGUAUAUCCUAUAAAAUUUUUGAAUACACUUGAAUUUAACGGAUUACCAUCACAUGAAUUAAUUUUAAAAAUUGGAAUGCCUAUCAUGUUAUUGAGAAAUUUAAAUCAAAUGUCUGGCUUAUGCAAUGGUACAAGAUUGAUAAUAACGAAACUAUUUGAUCGACUAAUAGAAGCAAAAAUAUUAACAAGAAACAAUAUAGGUAAAAAAAUUUUCAUACCUAGAAUUAUUCUUACUGCAUCUGAAAAUAAAUGGCCAUUUACUUUUAAAAGACGACAAUUUCCAGUAAAACCAUGUUAUGCUAUGACUAUUAACAAGAGCCAAGGUCAAUCGCUGAAUCAAGUUGGCAUAUAUUUACCAGAACCUAUUUUUACUCAUGCACAAUUAUACGUUGCACUUUCAAGAGUUACAUCAAGAAAUGGAUUGAAAAUUUUAAUAAACAAUGACAAUGAUGUAUCAAAUAAAUAUACUAAAAAUAUAGUUUAUAAAGAUGUAUUACAAAAUCUAUAAAUAGAAACAAAAGAGAAAAACAGAGAAUUCAUCUAUUGAUUUGAAAUUUUUAUAUCAAACUAAAGUUUUAUAUAUUUCAAUCGUUUAUUCACAAAAACCGAAUUAUGCUCUGAACUAAUGAAUAACAUGAGUUGCUACAAAUAUUAAAUGUGUACAUAUUUUACAUGUUUAUGACAGAUGUUCAAAAUAUGAAUAACUGACACAAGUUUCAUGUGACACAAUUGAUUAUCAAAUAAAUAAAUAAUUAUUCUAAUUUUUGAUAAUU